AUGAACAGUUUAAAGGAGUAUGUAAAGAAUAUAGAUUUUGAAGUUGUCGAUGAUUCUGAAAUACUAGAUAACGUCUACAAAGAAAUACAGGGAAAUGAGAAAGAGUUGAUGCUAGACACCGAAACCACACAUCAGAUAGAAACUCUUAUAAGAAAGAGCAAUUCCAGGCAGAUACUGGAUUUCUUCAAAAAACUAGAUGUUGAACGUCUCAUGAGCAAGAAGCUCGGAUCCAGGGUUAUUGAGGUGAUAUACGAUGCUGUUUUCGAUAUGGUUUAUAUUCGAAGGCAAAACAUUGAUAUCGAUAUGUUGGUAAAACCGGCAGAAGAUGUGUUGGUGACUAAGUUUUCCGAUACUAAUGCUACACACAUAAUCAGAAAGCUUUUUCAGCUUGUAAGUGGAAAAAGAAUUCUUGAUGAUAAAAUCCAGUCUUUCAAUUCUGUGAGGCCUGGACAUAUAGAGAAAUACAAGGAAAUAAUUACUGGGCUUAUUCCUAAUCUUUCAAAGGAAGACAGCUUUAUUACAUUGCUGACUUAUUUAUACUGUUGUAGAAGUAAAAGUAUUGUUUAUGAAGUAGUAAAACAUCACUUCACUUGGAUAAAAGUCUGUGAUCCAUCGAUGUCUUACUUCUUUGAAAAAAUAGUAAGACUGGCAGGGAGGAAAGCAAAGAAAUACAUUUUUGAGAAUAUAAAAGACAAAGUGAUGGAGCUGUGCAAAGAAAAGUAUGGAAACUACUUCAUCGGGGAGUUCAUUCUAUGGUACCAUCAGAAAGCCGAUUACUUCUUUGAAGCAAUAGAUCUAUCUGAAUUUGAUAAAAAUUCCAACAUAGUCAUGAAACUUACUCAUUCGUUGCUAAAGGCAAGAUCAUAUCCUAAUAUCGACAAGAUAGUGAAAGGAUUCUAUCUAGAGAACGGAAACGACAUUAUAUCCUGCACAUUUGGCGGCGUUGAAGGAAAUUUCAAGCAAAAGUAUGCACCGAUGCUCUGUGAGCUCAUGAAGCUUCCAAACGAGAACAAUUACGGAAUAAACGUUGCUUUCAGAAGAAACUUUAGCAGUAGGUGGAUCAGAUCAAAGGGGGGGAUUGAGCUUCUCCGAGGGUAUUAUGAAGGCGUAGAUGAUGGGAGAUCAAAAAGAAACUUUACAAAGCAGAUCGAGGAGCACCUUCCUCUUAUAGCAAGCAGAACAGAAAACAAUAUCAUUCUUGAAUUCAUGAGAAUGUAUGGAUCACAGAAAGCCGGUAUAGAAAUAAGAAAAAGGCACCAAUCUGCCAAAAAAGACAUUUCGACUAAGCCAAAAGAAUAUUUUCAAUCUACUAAACCAGCCCCUAGAUAUGUCGGCACUCUUUAG